AUGGCAGCGCCUUCACGAAGUCUGCGGCAUCUAUCAUCAUCCGUGAGAGCAUCCGUCUCUCGUCCAUCUCUCUCGGUAGGAUGCCGAGGCUACGCAACGACCGAUCCGUCCUCCGCCACCACCUCCGAUACUCCGGGAGUCACCCGGCGACCUCGAACGACCUUUCAAGAUAAACUGAAUGCAGGCCCCUCAUUCUCAGAUUUCGUAUCCGGGGGCACCGAUAAUGCUCCGCUCGACCCAUCUGAGGCGUACGCGCUCAAAACCGCGCUGGUCGGGCCAGCCGGGCGCAAGAAGGAAAUGACCCGUCUGCCCUCGUGGCUGAAGACCCCGAUCCCAGAUUCGAAGAACUACCAGCGCCUGAAGAAGGAUCUUCGCGGAUUGAAUCUCCACACCGUCUGCGAAGAGGCUCGGUGCCCCAAUAUUUCCGACUGCUGGGGCGGCAACGACAAGUCUGCCGCCACGGCGACGAUUAUGCUGAUGGGCGACACCUGCACUCGCGGAUGCCGCUUCUGCAGCGUGAAGACCUCGCGCACACCUUCGCCGUUGGACCCGCAUGAGCCUGAGAAUACGGCUGAGGCUAUCUCGCGCUGGGGACUCGGGUACGUGGUGCUCACGAGCGUGGACCGCGACGACCUGGCCGACGGCGGCGCACGCCACUUCGCCGAGACGGUUAUAAAAAUCAAACAGAAAGCGCCCAGUAUCCUUGUCGAGUGUCUGACGGGUGACUACCGGGGCGAUUUGGAGAUGGCGCAGCUGGUUGCGCGGUCCGGGCUGGACGUGUACGCGCACAACGUCGAGACCGUAGAGGCUCUCACGCCCUACGUCCGUGACCGUCGCGCUACAUUCCAGCAAUCAAUCCGCGUCCUCGAUGCCGCGAAGGCCGCGAAACCCGAUCUUAUCACCAAGACCUCGCUCAUGCUUGGCCUUGGCGAGACGGACGAGCAGUUGUGGGACGCGCUUCGCCAGCUCCGCGCCGUGAACGUGGAUGUCGUCACGUUCGGCCAGUACAUGCGCCCGACGAAGCGCCACAUGGCUGUCCACGAGUAUGUCACCCCGGACCGCUUCGAGCUCUGGCGCCAGCGCGCUCUCGACAUGGGCUUCCUCUACUGUGCCUCGGGACCCUUGGUCCGCAGCAGCUACAAAGCCGGUGAGGCAUUUAUCGAGAACGUUCUCAAGAAGCGGCGCGCUGGGUCGGGGGCUACGGAGCGUACGGUUGACCAGACUGUUGCUGCGACUGACGAGGCUACUCGAUAA